CUGUAUUAAUCUCAACACUGUAAUAACUAUUUUAUUGUGUUAUUAGCCUCAAGAGUGUAAAACAUUUAUUAUUUCCUUGUUUGACUUAGGUGAAAAUCAAAAUUUGAAUUGCGCGCCUAGAAAGCUUGUCUGUGAUUGGUGCAAAUGUGACCCUCACCCCCUAACCUCAAAUUCGCAUUUAAGUGAUAAUUAUCUAAUUAUUAAAGCAUUCCAUUGAAAAUGUCCGAUCUCGAUGAAAAAAUCGCUCAAAUUAAGGCCAACGUGCGGUCGUACCCCGAUUUCCCCAAGCCCGGGAUCCUCUUCAGGGACAUGUUUUCAGUAUUUCAACAGCCGGAGCUGAUUGCAACUUUACGUGACGUUUUGGUGUCUCUUGCGCGAAAAAUCGAGCCCCCUGUGGAGUGUGUUGUGGGGUUGGACGCUCGGGGGUUCCUUUUGGGGCCUUUCGUCUCCCUAGAGUUGCAAAUACCGUUUGUUCCCAUUCGGAAAAAGGGAAAAUUGCCGGGGAAAACCCUCUCGGCGCAGUAUGCUCUCGAAUACGGCCAUGACACGAUCGAAAUUCAGGAAAAUAGCAUAAGGAGGGGUCAAAGGGUGCUCCUAGUGGACGAUUUGUUGGCCACGGGGGGCAGUCUGGGGGCGGCGUGCCAACUAGUGCGAGGGCUGGGGGGCGAAGUCGCCAGUUGUUUGGUUUUAAUGGAACUUGGGGCGCUCAAAGGGAGGGAAAAAGUACCCGCUGAUGUCGUAUCUGUCAUACAAUAUUGAUUUUCUACGAGUUUUGACCGAAAACUGCCUUUUAUUCCAUUUUUGUCAAGUAAUUUUUCGAUUGUUAUAGCUGUGACCACGCCUCUUUGUGGGCGGGGCGAAGUAAUUCUUUUAAUAAUGAUUUUUUUAUUUCAUA